AGGUUUCUUUUUUUUCAGUCAAAUUGGGGCAUUUGUUUGGCUGCAUCAAUUGAACAGGGGACGACGUUCUUGAUAUAACUCCGAUGUGAGAACAAUGUUCAUUCGAAGAAUAAAACACUGCUAGCACAACACUAGCAACAAAUUCAAAACUGCAACAGCGAAAGAUCAUUUAGAAUUUAUUUCCGCUAGAAACAUACGAAGACAAACAUGCAGACCCCUCCAAGAAUACUUCCACCACAAGGAGGUCGGAUGUCCCCCCGGGGACCUCAGCAGCAGCGCAGUCCGCGGGGACCCAGGGUUGAGGCCGAUGCGGGUUGUUUUAUGGUGUUCUCAAAUCGGUUACCUUCUCAACUGUUACAUGAAUUUGUCAUGCAGAACUACCAUCAUCAUCCACAAGAUCAAGCUGCUUCGCAUGACAAAUUUGUGAAGGGCUAAGCAGCACCUGAAUCUGCGCGGGAUUUGUAAUGCAUUUUUUGCAAGCUUCCCCCUUUUGCUUUUGCCAUUCUUGCAUUACAGAUUCAUGUAACAGUUGGGAAUGUAACGUUUGAGAACGCCAUAUGUUUCGCGACCGCCAUGUGGAUCCGGUUUGCGGCGCUAGUGAUCGGGGUCUUUUACUAUCAUGUGCAAAAGUAUCGUACUCGUAGUAAUCGCAGUCAUGCAUUACAGAUCUCCCUCUUAACCUAAAUCCGCAUUACAAAUUCCAUUUUUCAUGCUGAUGGAAUUUGUCAUGUGAUUUAUACUAGUACGAUGCUUUGCAUUGCAUAUUUACCUGAUCAUGGCGAUCUCGGUGUUUACCAAUUACCAGACGCACAAAGCCGACAUCGACGCCGACCAGAUGUACAAUCCGGGCGGGAAGGAUGCGUAUCACACCAAAAAGUGUUCACGUUAAUACGGAAUUUCGCAUGCAGAAAUCAAUGCAUGAGAGAUAAUGAUGCCCAAAUUUGUAUUGCAUAGCAUGCAUGAUAGCGAAAAUUUGUCAUGCAUCACUGCCAUGCCCCAAAACCGUUGAGUUAACGCUAACACUUUUUUGCUUGAUAGUGCGCAAAAGCAGGCCAUGCUCGGGGUUGCACCCUUCGAACAGGCCGCGGGCGCUAUGCAUUGCAAAUAUAAUAUGUCUGGGUCUGGAAGAGUGUUGUAACUUGUCAUGCUACAUCUGGAUCGUGGAAAAAUUUGUGUUGCAUGAAGAUUACCAAAAGAGGUCCACUUUUGAACAAGUUUAGAGGCAGUUUCUCAUGCAGAAAAGGCAUGAUAGAGAUCUCACAGAACCUGUCAUGCUAGGCCGUCGUGCAUGACAGACCGCGCGGGUCAUGGAAAACCUGCAUGACAAACCUAGCACUCUUCCAGACCCAGACUACAUUUUUGCAUUUGAUAGGCGCGGAGAAGAAACAAGAACAGCAGGAGGGGGAACAGCAGGAAAACGCGGAAGAGGCGGCCGCGGAGACCGGAUCGGAGGAAGAAGAGGUCGAGGGCGAAGUAGAGACCGCGCCGGGGGAAGAUGGACUACAGGAGGAAAACAUUGCCGCUGAAGGAGAGGAAGCGAAGCUGGGAGAGGAAGUUGUAGACGAAACGGGUGUAUCAAAUGCAAAUAUGUCUGGGUCUGGAAGAUUCGGGGAGUUUGUCAUGCGCAUUCGUGCAUGACCCAAGACACCUGUGAUGCAUGCUGUAGCAUCACAGUUGUUCUCGCAAAGCCUUGUUAAUGCCUAUUCUGCAUGAGAAAUGCCCUCUCCGGGUGGCAAAAAUUCCAGCCCCUUUUGCUGCUCAGGCAAUACAGAUUUUUCUAUCAUCGACAGUUAGCAUCACAAAUCCCAUUCUUUCCAGACCCAGACAUUUUUACAAUCCAUAUGGUGCAGGAGCUGCUGGAGCCAGUACUACGCCGGAGGAACAGGCGGCAGCGGCGGAGGCUGCUGAUGCUGCGGCUGCUGAUGCUGCGACCACUGCAGCGACGUUGUCCCCGGCGGAAGAAGCAGCAGCCGCUGCUGCUGCGCAGGAUGCUGCUGCGGCGGAAGACACUCGUGCCGCGGCGCAAGAGCUACUGGGCGCCAAUCCUGCCGCUUCUUCCCCCGCUGGUGCAGCUGCCUCCUUCCUGGAAGAUGAUGAGCAGGUGGGAGAUGAGCAAGCUGUUGUUGAGGAAGAGACUACGACUCCCGCAGGCGAGGACAAUGAAGUUGAGGAAGUGGAGUAUUCCCUGAAAAUUAACCAGCCCCAUCCAAUUUGUCAUGCAAAACAUGUAUAAAAUUCUGUGUCUGUCAUGCAAAUCAAAAAGUGGUUGGGGAUGGUUAAUUUUCAGGCAAUAUGGAGCCGCCGGUGCACAUCGAAACGAAGGAUCAUCUAUGCACUGCAAAAGCGUUUAUCGUACUCGUACAGUUACAAUUGGAAUUGCAGCCAUGCAAUACAAAUGUCUUUCUUAAGACAAUUCCGCACUACAAAUUCAAAUUAUAUUUCCCAUGUUGGUGAGCAGAUAAUUUGUGAUCAUGCGAUUACUACUAGUACGAGCAGAUUUGUGAUGCAGCUUUGCAACGCAUACCACCAAGAGCAGGACUAUGCCACGGUGAUUGAGUACACGGAUGCCAAGGGCGCAAAACUGAUGCAGAAGACCUUUUUCUUCCCGCCCGGGUACUUUCCCACAAGGGAGGCUUAUAGCCCGCUCAGGUGUUACAAUCUCAAACGUUACAAUAGAAUAUAGAAAUCUGUGAUGCAAGAGUGCAUGACCUAGCCAACUCUCAUAGGAUUGAUUGCGCAUGACAAGUUCCGGAGCCCGGAAGCCCACUACAGUCUGGCGAUGGCGAAAUUUGUAUUGCAGAAAACGGAACGCUCUGCGAGUCUGUCAUGCUCUGCUCAUCACGCAAUACAAAACCCAGACUCUAUUGUAACGUUUGAGAUUGUAACGCUUGAGCAGGUCAUAAGGCUGCCAAGGACUUUUUGCAGGGCAAGAUGGACGAGAUCAGCGGCGGGGACUCCGGACACAAAGUCGUGAAACUCGACACGGUUCUACUCUACCGCCGCGUUUGGAACAACAUCGAAGAGGGAAAGGACGGGAAACCGGCGACCAAGGUGAAAGAGUACCGGGAUCGAGUCUCGCAAAUGGAGCGGAUGAUCACCCUGUUCGCCCGCGACCUCGUGCUUGCAGUGCUGUGGCUGGUAUCAAACGCAAAAAUGUCUGGGUCUGGAAGACUGCCAGGUUUGCCAUGCAUAUUUUGCACAACCCAUGAUGCCUGUAAUGCAUGACCUAGCAUCACAGAUUUUAAAAGGGCCUUCUGAUGCGUAUUCCGCAUGAGAAACGCCGACUCCGCGUAGCACAAACUGAACUCUCUUGCUGGUCGUGCAAUACAGAUUUUUGUUACCCUCCAAAGACAGCAUCACAGGUUGCAACCUUCCAGACCCAGAAACUUUUGCAUUUGAUAGCUGGUUCUGGCGUGCAGCACACGGAAACCGGUGGUCACGCUCAUCGCCCUUACCCUCGUGUUAUCAACUGUAAAAAUCCCUGGAUGUCUGGAAACUUGUGUUGCUGGUUGGCGUAUCAUGAGCCGGCCACAAGUGCUGGCUCAGCAUGACAAGUUUCUGAGCUUCGAGGUGUAGCCUAUUGUGCAUGACAAACUGCGUUUCUGCAUGACAAAAAAACGGGGCCCUUGGGUAACGUGCAUGGCAGACUUUCGGGUCAUGCUGGCAGAGCAUGACAGACCUUCCAUUCUUCCAGACCCAGACAUUUUUAAAAUCCAUACGUGUUCGGUGUCGCGACCAUGGUGCUCAUGUACAUUGGUCUGUGCACCGACCAGGUCGGGCCCUACCGCUUCGACCCGUCGGAAAGCGUAUGCAUUGCAAAACAACAACAAGUAUCGUACUCGUACAAAUGCAUUACAAAUUUCCGCAGCAUGAGAAAUGCGGAAUUACCUUAAGAACAGGAUUUGGAAUGCAUGACUGCAGUACAACGAGUAUGAUACUUUUGCACAGGAUAAAGUGCUGGCUUGAACAAGACCGAAGCGGGUGCGACGGACACGACCCAUCCGAUACCAAAUGCAAAUAUGUCUGGGUCUGGAAAAGUGCAACGUUUGUCAUGCACGUUUUGCAUGACGCAUGAGGUCUGUGAUGCAUGCCCUAGCAUCACAACUUCUGUGAGUUCUUUGCCAUGCAUUUUCCGCAUGAGAAACUGCCUCUUGGGCUUCUCAAAAGUGUACAGCUUUAUUGGUAAUCAUGCAACACAGAUUUAGCAUGACAAAUUGCACUCUUGUUCCAGACCCAGACAUGAUUGCAAUGCAUACCCGAAAACGGACGCCGAUUUCCUCAUGUGCGCGAAGCAUCUGUUUGACGCCACCGAAGAACUGAACCUGGAGAUCCAGAAAGCGCUGGCGGCAGAUAUGACCUGCUCAAACGUUACAAUCUCAAACGUUACAAUGGAGCCUGGAUUAUGUAUUGCAUGACGAGCAUGACAGACUCGGACAGCAUUCCGCUUUCUGCAAUACAAAUUUCGCCAGAUUCUAAUGCGGUUUGGGGCUCCGAAACUUGUCAUGCGCAAUCCUAUGAGAAUUGGCCAGAUCUUGCACUUCUUGCAUCACUGAUUUCCACAUUCUAUUGUAACGUUUGAGAUUGUUGUAACACCUGAGCAGGUUAUAGCAGAAGGCAAAAAAGAAGAGAAAACUACCGACCAGGAGCCUGGAAAAGCUGCGGCGGAACAAGAGGCUGCAUCCAACGAGGGUGCUGACGCCGCCGGCCAAGGGUCUGCAGGUGUAGAACCAGCAGCGGCGGCUGGUGAUGGUCUUAGUGAAGAGCAAGCUGGUACAGUAGCGGUUGGCGAUGGGACGCCGGCAGGAGCUGGUGCAGGGGAAGGAGCAGCUGCAGGAGAUGAACAAGCAGCAGGCGACGCUGCGGCGGGGGACGUCGCCGCGGGUGGUGAUGGAAUUACGCCGGCAGAAGAAGCCGCUACCGUUACCGAAGCUGGCGGAGCUGGAGACGGGCUCACGGCGCAACAACCAGCAGUGCAGCAGCAACCUGCAGGACCACAACCAGCGGCCUCCUUCGUCUCGAAAAAGGAGCACAUCUUCACGGUGAAUCAGCAGAAGCUCGUCAUGGCGACCCGGCUCGGCAACGAAGCCUCCAAGAUCGAAUUGCACCAAGCCGAUCGAUAUGCAUUGCAAAUGUAUCGUACUAGUUGCAGUUAAAUGAAAUUUGUAAUGCGGAUUUGCCUCAGCGAAAAUGCAUAUUAACAGCAAGCACUACGAGUACGAUACUUUUGCACAGGAUAAUCGACGGAAGAAGACUGGAGUUGUGCUCCGACAGAGCGUCGGCGAGAACAAGAACUCGUUCCUUGGUGUCGACGUUUCUCAGAAGAAGAAAAAGCAACCACCAAGCAGUGCGGUGGAAAACGUCGGCGACCUGCUUACCGACACGGAGACAGGUGUUGCGGAUGCUGGUGGGGAGAAGCUUGCUGACAUCGCCCCACAAACGGUUGACGGCUCCGCACAACCUUCCGAGGGCGAAGAAGAACUGAGUGAAGCUGAAAAAGCCGCGAUUCUUGCAGCUUCUGCUGGCGGUGUAUGCAUUGCAAAAGUAUCGUACUAGUAUGAAUUGCACUACAAAUUUCCUCAGCAUGAAAAAUGGAAUUUGUAGUGCGGAUUUGCCUUUAAGAGAGAGAUUUGUAAUGCAUGGCUGCAAUUACUACGAGUGCGAUACUUUUGCACAGGAUACGGCGCUGCUGGUGCAUCUUCUGGAUCCGGCUUGUCUGAGGCUGAAAAAGCUGCCAUCCUCGCAGCUAUCAAAUGUAAAAAUGUCUGGGUCUGGAAGAAUGCAACUUGUCAUGCUAAAUCUGAAGCAUGCAAAAAUCUGUGUCGGAUGAUUACCAAAAGUCGUCCAGUUUUGACCAAGUCGGGAGGGAGUUUCUCAUGCAGGAUAGGCAUGAGAGAGAUCGCGCAAAAUCUGCCAUGCUAGGUCCUGCAUUCCAGGCUUUAUGGGUCAUGGAAAAGCUGCAUGACAAAUCGCGCAUUCUUCCAGACCCAGACAUUUUUACAUUUGAUAGCAGCCUCAGGUGAACAAGAUGGGGUGCAAGAAAGUACGGACGGUUUGUCUGAAGCCGAAAAAGCUGCGCUCGGGGCUGCACAACAGGAUCAGCAAGCUGGUGUUCUUGCGGAUGGAGCAACCCCAACCUCGCCCGGAGGUGAUCCUACAGAGUUGAAGAUAGGAGACGAAGUGACAGAUGCGGUUUACGACGGGGACCUGCCACAAGUCACCGUCGACGGGUAUGGCGUGCUCAAACGUUACAUUUUCAACUGUUACAUGAAUUUGUAAUCCAACAAUGGCAAAAGUGAAAGGGGGGACCUUGCGCGUCUUGCAUUACAGAUUUGGCACAGAUUGUAAUGCUAUUUAGCUUGUCGAAACCUUGUCAUGCGAAGAAGCUUGAUCGCGAGAAGCAUGAUAGUGAUUCUGCAUGACAAAUUCAUGUAACAGCUGAGAAUGUAACGUUUGAGAGUCCCAUUACGGGGAAUCUGCUUCGAAGGUCACCGCCUUUGCCCAUCACGAACGUGUAUGCAUUGCAAAAUUUCCGUCGUGGUCCUGCUGCAACACUAAAUGCGGUAAUGAUACAACGUGAACAUGUAGCUGACGGGUCGUGUGUGAUGCUGAUGAUGAUGGUACGUAUCUGCUGACUCCGCAUGACAGAAUCCAUGAUUUUUGAUUGUCGUCCAAAUAAAGUUUGUCAUGCAAUUACUGCUAGCAUCGGAUGCUUUUGCAAUGCAUAAUGGGAUCUGAUCUCCAACAUUGUCACCGAAUUCCGCACCAGUACCUACGCGCACCCGGAUCUGGGUGACACGAGUGACGACGAGCAGAUUUCCACUUUUCGGUAUGAUGAGAUAAGAUUGGUUUCUAGGAGUUGAUCUUUUUUUUGUCAUGCGUAAGGGUGCAACAUGGGAACGAAUUUUUUCAUCUGUCAUGCGGCGCAGAAUAGAUCGAAAUCGUUUACAUAGAAAAUUUUUUAUCACAGGUUCUUUGUCUCCCUGCUCUUCGUCCUGUUCUCUCUGGUCGCCGUUUCCGCCGGUCUGUUUGUCUAUGACAAGGAGGAGGAAUGGGAGGCGCUGCCGUGCUUAUGAGAGUGCACAACCCCCCCUGCCCCCCCUCAUUUGUCAUGUUGCAAAAUGCUUAAUUAAGAGCCUUGGCUCUUGGCACUGUUUGCAUGACAAGUUUUGGCGGCCCAAAUAGCACUACAGUCCUGUCAAAUUUGUCAUGCAAAUCCUGUAUUCUUGCUGACGCUUGUAUUGCUGUUCAUUCAAUAGAAAUGAGGGGGAGGCGGGGGGGUUUUGCACUUUCAUAGUGCUGCGCAGAGUACUACUACGAACUGGACACCACCAACCCUAUCAAAUGCAAAAAUGUCUGGGUCUGGAACAUUCUAAACUUGUAAUGCUGCCUGUCUCUGGAUUCUAAAAAGAUUUGUAUUGCAUGACCAGCAGAAGGACUCCAGUUUGUGCUACGCGGGGAUGGCAUUUCUCAUGCGGUAGAGGCAUCACAAAGUCCUCUACAAAUCUGUGAUGCUAGGGCAUGCAUCACAGACAUCACGAAUCAUUCAAAAUAAGCAUGACAAACCUGGCAAUCUUCCAGACCUAGACACUUUUGCAGUUGAUAAACCCCAACAACGUGCAAAUCAUCAAGAUCCCGGCCAAGGAAUACGAGGCCCGAGGCACCACGCGGUCCCCGACCAGCCCGGGCGCCGGGACGCAAUAUCAAACAAAAAAAGUUCGUCACACUCACCCAUGUUGCGCAUUUUUGCAAUAAGAAACUUUCUGUCAUGCGCAAAAAUGCAUCACAGCCAAACUGCAGAAGGGAUGCCCCCAGUGUUUCUGCAAUACAGGGGGCAGCUGUAUUGCUAAAAUUUGUAAAAUGCAAAGCCUGCAAAUUAGUGACUCUGAGUCUGAUUGUGGCAAACUUUGUUCUCGCCAUACGCAAGCAGGGGCUUCUUCUAGUAGUCAACGACAACCGACAUCGAAUCGGCAACCGACGAAUCCGCAGGUGGUCAUGGGCGAACCAGUGCCGGUCGCGCAGCCGGGAGCUGGCUACGAGAGGGCCAUGGCUGUGCAGCACUUUGUAUAAAUAUUUUUUUUUUUGGCUGUCAAUGCAAGUUUCAGUUUCUUACCCUCGAUAGUUGUUCUUUCGUAGCUUGAAAACAAAAACUACAUGCAACAGAAAAUGCUAUUUUCACGCGACACGUUGCAACACAGAUAUGACUCUUGAAGCAGAAAAUCAGUUUGACAAACUUCUACCCGUAGUUCACCAUCGAUAUAUGCCAUUCAUGCAACACAAGAAAAACAAACAUCAAACAGGAACCCGCGCCCGUCAGCGGACGGUCAAAGAAGUCCAAGCGCCAGGUGCUAUCGGAAUAGAAAAUGAUUGCUAGCACCAGAGUUGAGUACAACAGUUUAAUUUCUUGUCAUUUCAGAGCAGGCGAGGCUUGAAAAAAUAAAGUGCCUCAAGCAUAACUUUUUCGCAUGACAAAUCAGUUCAUGUCGUGCAACUGUGCCAGCAGGCAUUUUUUGGCAUGAUACCCUGUUGACGACCAGGUGGAGAUCAUCGGGUGAAGAAAAGUUAUCGAUGGGUGAAAGCGAUUACUUUUCAAAGGGACAGUGGCAUCAAUGUAGCAUGCCUAAAUCUAGAAGUUUCGAACGAGAGUGUGUUUAUUAGCAUCACAGAUUUGCUCCUUGUUUUUACAGUUUACACAUCACAGUAUCACAGUUGCUUGUCAGAGUUUCACGCAGCAGAAAAUUUCACAGUUUAGAAAACCUUUAAUGCACAAUGAGAGAGAAUCAGACGACGAGAAUCUGAAUUUUUAAUAUUCAUUUUCGAGUGGGAACGAACCAAACGCGGUAGCAACCAGCAGACCAAGACCUUCUUUUGACUUUUACAGCAGGAAUAGCAUUUCAGAAUCUUUUGACUAACCUAGUUUGAAUUUAACAACGUAACUUGAAUCAGAUUUCCAACUUGUAACAAUAAAUUGCAUCAGAAUCAGUUUUUGUCGAGAACGUAACAGAACCCUUGUUGAAACUAGCUACAAUUUAACUUUUAUUUGAUUUGAACAAUUUUACGCAUAUUACUGUUUACCUGUUUGAGCAUCUUCAACUAACGUACCGGAAUUACGAUUUACAAUGUAGCCUUGUUUGUUUUGAUUUUCAGCUUCUAACAGCGUUUCUAUCUUUGUUUGACUUUUAGCAGAUUUACGAAUUUUUUUGUUGCACGAUGAACAAAAGUGGCGGGCUUCUAUCACACUGAAAAGCGCAACAAGACUCCAACACUUACACUAACGCGCCUCACUGUACAAUAUAACGAGGAGGAAACACUCCCAUUGGACUAGACGCACUGCUGCAGCUGCCGUUACAUCGGACCAGAGAAGCGAUUCAUCCCACCGGCGUGCUGUAGUCACCGAGGAGCAUCAGCACCCUGUUACGUCGACACACCAGCAUCAGCAGCAGGUAUCUUAUCCUUCCCUGUGCCAUUUCGAAGAAAGUGAAGAACGGUGAAACGAAAGCGAAAGUAGCGGAGGUAGUUCGUUAGCAAUGUCUGUCUACUGGGUCGUCUCUGAAGGCGUCGCAGCAACAUCGAAUGAAUUUUAAAUGUAAUACGCGGCUUCUCUAUCGCGGGGGAAUAUGACUUCUAAAAAAUCACAAAAAAAAACGUGCGCAAGUAGAACUGCCGACCUGCCAGCUAGGUGAUAUUGUUC